AUGUUGGAAGAGGUUGAUGGUGAUGAUUCAUUGGUUAAUCAGACAGAAUGCCUCAAGCGUGCACUUGGAGAAAGAAGCGGUCAUACAAGAGGUGUUGGAAGAAAAGUGAAGAAUGUAGCACCAUAUUAUGGGCCAAGUACAUCAACCAAUACCCAAAACUUCAAUGCAUUUGCUCAAGAGUUGACUCAACAGAUGAGUCAACAAUUUACCGAACAGAUGCAUCAAAUGUUCUUAUCUCAAAAUCCAAACGCCCAACCACCACAAUUUCAAUUUACUUUUGAUCCUUCCUGA